UGACCAGUAAGUGGCAGAUAAUUGAUAAUAUGUUAACAUUUGUAUAUAAAAUAUAAUUAUUUUUAAUUGUAACUGUGACAAUGUAAAUUUUAUUUAAAUUAUUAUAAUCAAUUAAUUUAUUGUAAGUUAUAAUGUAUGUAAAUUAACCAUCAAUUUAAUCGCUAUUCUGAUUAGAAAUUCAAUUAACCUUAACAACCGUACUCAAACGAAAUUUAAAUUUGAAUUUUAUACAUGCUCAUAGAAUAUGGCUGACCCAUCAAUUCAAACAUUUUGUUGCCGUAGAGCACUUGAUUAUCAUCCGUCUUAUAAACUCAUGAACGAAUUCAAUACAGACCGUUUUAAUAUGGUGUGUUUACUGUCUUCGAUAAUAGGAAUAACUGGUGCAGCAUACCAGAUAUUGCCAAAAAUCGAGCUAAAAGUUCCAAAUAGAUUUUAUUGCAAUAUCAUGCAGCGAGGAAAAUAUAUAAUAAUGUGGUUAGCAAUAGCAGAUGUCUGUGCAUCAUUGGGUAUACUUUUAAGGUCCUGCUUAAAAUUAAUGCAUCAUUUUCAAUGGUAUGAUGGACAACCAUAUACAGUUUCUUGUAUAUUUUUAGCAGUUUGGAUACAGUACUUUUACAUUGUAACUUGGUUUUGGACUUUGUUGUAUGCUGUAGACAUGUGGAGAGCAUAUCAAGAUAAACGUUCAUGUAGAAAAUUAUAUCAUUUUGUUGCUUGGUCAAUUCCUGCCAUAUUUACAUUUAUUGGACUUUCUACUCUUUAUAGACCAAAUGCAAACUGUCACAAUUUGAGCCCUAAAGAAAAUUUUGUUAUGAAGUUUCUUCCAAAUUAUUUUUUUACAUUUUUGCCAGUCAUUGUUGUUAUGGUAGUCAACCCAGUGCUAUAUUCUUUAUCCACUGGAUAUAUUUAUCACAUAAUAACUUCAUACAUGGCACAAUACUCUACAAAUGAACGGAAAAUGUUGGACUUAUUUAAACAGAGAUUUGCAUUAAUUAAUUUAGGAUUUUAUUUAUGUUGGGCACCCAAUUUAAUCAAUGCAGUAAUAGUAUGGACAUCUUGGGAUAAUCUACCAAAUGGAGUUAUGCUUAUACUUUGGUAUCUAAUGGCUAUUUUGAAUCCUAUGCAAGCGUUUUUCAACAGUUUUCUAUACAACUUACUUGAGCAUACUGAGCAAAUCUGUUGUAAAUGUUUUAGCACCCAAAAUAGAGUUCAGGAAAUAGUAGAAUGUAGACCUUUAUUAAUAGCUAUUGUAAAAGGUUCAGCAAAUUCAAAUGGUUAUGAAAUAAUUGAAUAA